ACCGGAGAAGCAGCUGGCAAAGUGUGAAAACGCCACUGAACGGACGCUCAAACCUGUUAGAAUUCAUUUCAAGACAAAAAAGAUUAGAAUCUGGUCAUGCGCCGAGAAUUUAGUCGGAAACUGUACAAAAUGUCAAAGCCCAAAAUAGAGAGUCCUGAUGCUAUAACCUGAACAAACCAAGAUAAAUAAUUAUACAGUAUGUGCUAUGAAGAAACGUCCUAUAACAUCACUUUGAAGAAACAAAAAGACUUGCUCGCACAGUGGUCACAGAGGCAAACCGCUUGUUUCAACUUGUUUUUGUUUUUGAAGUUAAACUGACAUGUUAAGCAAGAGAAUGAAACAUUGUAUAUUUAAACACCAAGAUGUUCAACCAAACUAUAUCAUUUCCGCUAAGAAAAUGUGCGAGCUUAAUGUGAAAUGCCAUAGACGGGCUAACAGACAUUAGCAUCGAUGUUAAGGUAAUUAUGAACCUUUAAACAAAAACAAGCAUCAACAAUACUCAGCGAAGGUUCCCUAUAUACUCCACAUAGUGAUUUGGAUUUGCUACUUGUCCUUGUGUGUGAGAUGGCCACUUGAGUGCACGUGCAUGAAGUGGCUUGUAUUCAGUGAUGAGAGAGGGUGGGGGUCGAGAGGGAGGAGUGUGAGAGAGAGAGCGAGAGAGAGAGAGAGAGAGAGAGAGAGAGAAAGAGAGCGCAUCUAGCCCUCAGAGUCAUUCAUCUCUGGAGAAGAGAGGUGGACGCUACAACAGGGCAGCAAGAGAGUUCUUUGUAAACAAUUUGUGCCUUCCAUCUCUUGACUGCUAUGCAUUUUCUUCUCCUACUUUUUCACCCGCUCCCGACCAUGAAACUCGCGCCGCUUCCUCAUCUCCGACUUGCUCGCUCGCCAGCAUCCUCAGAAGGCACACACGCCGUGUGAUUUUGAGAGGAAGAAGAAGGCAGUGGUGGUGGGGGAGGAGGUGACCUCAGGAGGACGCACAGGGAUCCCAGCUCCGGGAAGAGGAGGAGGAGGAGGAGGAGGAGGAGGAAGAGUGCACAUCCUGCUGAUAGAGAGCAUCUAUGAAGCCUUUCUUUUCCUCCAUGCACACGCACACGGACAUUUACGAUUGAUUUUCCCAUGAACUAUGACAAGGACCUAUUCAGCAUUCAGCGUCCUGUGAAGUAAGUUACUAUAGUUACCACAGACUCGUAUAGUAAACAUAUUAGUUUACGUGAAGAUCAUUUGCAUAAAAGUACAAUAAGGACGAGCUGCACGUGUGCAAAAUGGAUCUCAAUCCAAUCAGAGGUUUAUCUGAUGUCCCGUGAGAGUCAGCCUGGUGCUGCCAAUCCUGGUGCCAACCAUCCUGGUACCGCCAACUGUGGGUCUCUGACAUGGACCCCGCUCAUUCCUUUAGGAUGGAGAUGGACGGGCUGGACCUCCAGCAAGUCCCGGUGUUGUCGCUUGACCAGAUCCGUGCCAUCCGGACCCAAAACGACUACGUGGACCGGCCGGUGGCGCUGGAACUGGCGUCCCAGUCUGGAUUUUUCUAUGCCCACGACGAACGCCACCCGCAUGGAAUAUACUCGCAGCACCCUCAGCCGCCCCGCCACACUGCCCUGCCCCGCAGCCAAAGUCAGCAGCACACCCACAUCUCCCGUCUCAGCCGCUCUAGUACCGUGAGCUCCUCCAUGUCCCGGACCAGUGCCGGCUCUGACCAGAGGCUUCUAGCAGGCUUGACACCCUCGCACUCCGGCUUGGCUUCGGUGGUGCGCACCCAACCGAAAGGGGAGCUCAAGCACGAUGCUUCCCUGAGCAAAAUCCUGGCCGAGGACGAGCUGUGCCGGCACCAGUUCAUCUGCGAGCGCUGCGCUCGCUGCAAGUGCCACGAGUGCUGCACCCCGCGCCGACUGCCUUCCUGCUGGGCCUGUGGGCAGCGGUGCCUGUGCUCGGCCGAGAGCAUGGUGGAAUACGGCACCUGCCUGUGCUGCGUCAAAGGCCUCUUCUACCACUGCUCUGCGCAGGAUGACGAGGACAACUGCGCUGACCAGCCGUGCUCCUGCUCCCCGACCCAUGCCCUGGCCCGCUGGGGCACCAUGGGCCUCCUGGCUGUCUGCCUGCCCUGUCUCUGCUGCUACCCCCCUGCCCGGCUGUGCCUCGCCCUGUGCCGCUGCGCCCAUGACCGGGCCACGCGACCCGGCUGCAGGUGCAGCAACACCAACACUGUGUGUCGCAAGAUCUCCGCCUCUAACCCCAACCCGGGUCAUCCCUCUGUGAGCAAGGCUGUGGAGAAGUCGCUAUGACAGACCUGGAUUGGUGGCAACAAGACGCCAACCUUACUAGUGCUCACCUACCUUGUAUGCAUCCACCUGUUCUACAGCUCGGGAGGGACCAAAAGCUUUACUGUGCCUGUUCGCCUUGGAAACUACAAGCUCAACCUGAAGAAGAACUGAACUGAACUCGCCUUCCUUCUUCUGCCUAAUCGGGAUGUCUAAAACGUAUUUAUUUAUUAACAGACCGGCUACUGACACCCGGACCAGGGACUUGAUCAGGAACUCAUGGUUCUACCGCAACCAAUUACGGGAUAUAGACGCUUCCACUAAAGGUCUAAAGGCCAAGAAACCAAUGAUUUAAACAUGACGACAUUUGCAGCACAUCUGGAACAAUUUGACACUCACAAAAAAGGGACCACACACUGUCUGAAUUGAAUCUCAAUGCCAUUAAGCUCAUUUGUAUGAGGUGGACUCACAGUACUGCGCAAACGUUGUAGGCCACAGAGGCAGAUUGUAUUUGGGUUAGGUUGUAGGCAACUUUAUGAUUCCUGGAGGAUCAGACGGUAGAUUCUGGGACUUUUAACUAGAUCCUCUGCCAAAAGCAAUGGGUUCUACGUGCCACCCUCAGAAAAUCUCAUAGAAAUCGCUUCUAACUGAAUAUGUCCUUGAGAGAAGUCACCGGUGGUAUCUUCAGACAUGUGCAAGUACAUUUGCAGCUCAUCUGGAGAACUUUUAACACCCCUCAUAAAAGGGACCACACACUGUCUGAAUGAAAUCUCAAUGCCAUUAAGCCGAUUUAUACGAGGUGGACGCAAAAUACUGUGCAGAAGUCAUGAGCCACCAAGACAAAUCAUAUUUGAGUUAGCUUGCAGGCAACCUGCUUGCACCUGAAGGAUCAGAUGGUCGAUUCAGGGACUUUGAAAUGUAUCUUCCACUAAAAUCUAAUGGGUUCAACGUGCCACCUCUCUAGGAAAUCUCAUAGAAAUGCCUUCUAACUAAAUCUGUCCUCAUACGAAGUCAUUGGUGGCAGCCUCACUUCUGUGCAGUACUUUUGCAGCACCUCUGGAACCCUUUGACACCCCAAAAAAAAGGACAGUACUGCGCUGAAGUUGUGGAACACCGAGGUGAUUUGUAUUUGGGUUAGCUCGUGGGCGACUUCCUGGUUCCUGGUUGUGGGACCUUACCCUCUCUUGAAAUGCUUGAAAUCUGUCUUUUUUUAUAAAGUCACAGUCAUUGGUGGUGGCCUCAGACUUUUGCAUAGUACAUUUGCAGCACCCCUAAAACACAUUGAUCCCACAAAGGGGGACCACACACUGUCUGAAUUCCAUUAAGCUCAUUUGUUUUAGAUGGAUGUACGGUACUGCGCCAAAGUCGCUGGCAACCUCCUGGUUCCUGAAGGACCAGAUGAUGGAUUCUGGGAAUGUACACAAACUUUUAAGAUCUUCCACCCAUAAAACAACGGGUUCCGUGCACCACCCCUCUAGAAAAAUCUAAUAGAAAUGACAUAAUAUAUACUGUCCAUCCAUCCAUCAAUUUUCCGAACACCUUAUCCUCACAAGGGUCACGCUACUGCUGGAGUCUAUCCCAGCUGUCAUCGGGCAGGAGGCGGGGUACACCCUGAACUGGUUGCCAGCCAAUCGCAGGGCACAUACAAACAAACAACCAUUCACACUCACAUUCACACCUACGGGCAAUUUAGAGUCUUCAAUCAACCUACCAUGCAUGUUUUUGGGAUGUGGGAGGAAACCGGAGUGCCCGGAGAAAACCUGGGGGAGAACAUGCAAACUCCACACAGGCGGGGCCGGGGAUUGAACCCCGGUCCUCAGAACUGUGAGGCAGACGCUCUAACCAGUCGCACAGCGUGCCGCCAAUAUAUAAUAUAUAUAAUUAUAAUAUAUGCCUUGGUGGUAGCCUCAGACUUUUUGCGCAAAAGUUGUGGACCACCUAGGUAUAAAUUGUAAUUGGGUUAGCUUGAAGGUGACUUCCUGGUUCCUGGGGGAUCAGAUGGUGGAUUCUGGGACCAUAUUCACACUUUUAACUAGAUCCUCCACCAAACACCAAUGGGUUUUAUGGACCACCCCUCUAGAAAAUCUCGUAGAAAUGCUUGGAAUCUGUUGUACAAAAUCACAGGCAUUGGUGUUGGCCUCAGACGUUUGCGCAGUACCGUACAAUGUUUUAAACGGUGGGUUAUUCAACAACCGGGUGGGCCGGGUGGGCAUUUGUCCAUCCAGUCUGUCUGUGUGCGUGUGUGUGUAUGUGUGAAGAAAAAGAAGGAGUUGUCUUUUGUCUUAUUUUUAGCCUCGCUGCUUAAUCUUUGCACUGGUCCGGUCGGGUUUCUCGGUCUGUCGCCAAGCUCCCUGGUUGGGCCGCCGCCCAAACCCCGGUUCCCCUCGCAUCUCCUGCCUCCUCUCAUUCACCAGUUUAUCCUCCUAUCCCGCCGGCCGCGCCCGCCUCUCCUCUUUCGCUGGCCGGUGGGCUAAAAGCCUCCCGUCGAGAGUUGAUCAGACGGGCAAUUAUCUCUGUGAUUGCUCUUAAUGGGCCAGAUGAGAACGCAGGACGGAGUUGCGGUGUUUUGGCGGACGGAGAAGAAGGCGGGACGGAGGGAAAAAAAGGAUGAGGCUCGGAUUUCCAGACGUGUGCAUGUGUGUGCAUGUUUUCAAGCGAACGUGCGUGUGUGAUUUUGGGAUACAUGGAAACAACACUGACGCGUUAAAACCUUCCUUUGCGAUUAUAUUUUUAUAUGCAGAUAUGAGCUAACGGUGUUGAAAUUAUUAUUUUUUUUUACUGCGCUUCCAUGACAAUAGUUGUCAAUUCAGGAACUUUUGGGGCCAGGAAGAUCGACAAAAACAAUCAAAAAAUGAUGCACAAGGAUUUCGUAGGAUAGUGUACAAAAUGUCUUUCAGCAUAGAGGGCCAAAAACGUUAUAUUUUGUGGUAAAAAAAAAUUAAUUAAAAAUUAUAAUAAAUACAAGAGUUGAGAAAUCAUUUUAAAAGCAAAUAUUACAAUAAAAAAGUUGUAUUACAAGAAUAAAGUUGUAAAAAAAAUUAAUGCUCCCAAAAUAAAGUGGUGAUAUUACAAUUUAAAAAAAGUUGUAAUAUGACGAUUAAAAAGUUGCGAUGUUUUGGGAAUACAACUGUAAUAUUAUGAAUAAAAAGGAUCAAAAAAGUUAUCUUAUGAGAAUAAAUUAUUAUAAUUCCGUGAAUGAUGUAAUACAUUUACAUGACAAAUGUAAUUUUACGAGAAUAACGCUUGCUUGCUUAUGUUUGUCCUUGUACUAUUCCGACGGUAUCAUAUUUAUUCUCGUAAUGUUUUGACUUCAUUUUUGUAAAAGUAUCAUAUUUUUCAUGUAAUUAAAAAAAAAAAUUCUGGUAAUGACACAACUUUAUUCUCGUAAUAUGACAACUUUUUAACGUAAUAUUUGAAAUGAUUAUUAUUAUUUUUUUUAGAUUCUGCUGUGGAUUUGCGGUGCAUUUUUCUUUCACAACAAAUCCUACUAAAUUCUUGCAAGACUAGACCAAAAAGUUAUGCAAAGUCGUCAAGGAGAUCGUUUUGAACUGUUACGUGACUGCUCAUGUUCGCGAAGAGCCUUUUAUUGGACUGAAAAUGAAACUUGAAUUUAUUUUUGGAUGUGCGCCGAGAGGUACGUGUUAUAUAUUUAUUUGUUUCACAUUGUAUGAAUCAAACAGAUUACAUGAAGGGGCAUUUCUGUUGUUUAUUUUUGGUUUGCAUUGGUGGCUAACGUUAGCUUGCUGCCUCAACAGUGGGGGUGGGCAACCUUUUUCUAAUCAGGGGCCAUUUCAGCCCUCCAAGGGCUACAUAUAUGGAUACAAAUAGAAUAAAGUGAGUCAUAUUAUUAUGUAUUUUGAGAUUUUCUUUUUUUUUUUUUUUUUUUUUUUUUUUUAAUAAGUUUCUUUGAU